AUGAAGCUAUCAGAAACAUCAGCAGCAACACCAACAGCAGCAGAAACACCAGCAGCAGCAGCAGCAGCAGCAGCAGCAGCAGCAGAGCUGUCUCCUACAGGAUCAUCCCUAUCUCCUCUUGCUCUCUCCCGCACAACCCACGACACCCCCAACCAGCAGCAGCAGCAGCAGCAGCAGCAGCAGCAGCAGCAGCAGGAGCAGGAGCAGCAGCAACAGCAGCAGCAGCAGCAGCAGCAACAGCAACAGCAGCAGCAGCAGCAACGGCAGCAGCAGGAGCGGCAACAGCAGCAGGAGCAGCAACAGCUGCAGGGGCAGCCACAGCAGCAGUAG